UACAAAAAAUAUAGUUGUUGUUUCAGAGUUUCAUCUUGGAACUCUGUAUUUUUAAUCCAGCAUGUCAAACUUCCAGAAUAUCACAUCUACGUCCAUCACUUUCCUGCUAACUGGUGUUCCUGGGCUGGAAGUCUUCCACACCUGGAUCUCCAUUCCUUUCUGCUUUCUCUACAUAACCGCCCUCUCAGGAAAUUGCCUGAUUCUCUUUGCCAUUGUCACUCAGCCCAGCCUCCACGAACCCAUGUUUUAUUUCCUCUCCAUGCUGUCCACCACUGACCUCGGCCUGUCCAUAUCUACCCUGGUCACCAUGUCGGGUAUAUUCUGGUUUGAUGCCAGGGAGAUCAGCUUUAAUGCCUUCUUGUCACAGAUGUUCUAUAUUAAACUCUUCACUGUCAUGGAAUCUUCAGUGUUGUUGGCCAUGACCUUUGAUCAUUUUGUGGCCAUCUCUAAUCCACUCAGGUAUGCCACCAUUUUAACUGAUUCCAGAAUAGCUCAAAGUGGAGUGGCAACUGUCAUCAGGGGGACACUAAUGCUAACACCAAUGGUAGCACUUCUUAAAAGACUGUCCUUCUGCCACAGCCAUGUGCUCCACCACUCCUACUGCUUCCACCCUGAUGUAAUGAAGCUCUCGUGCACAGACACUAGGAUCAACAAUGCAGUUGGGUUGACUACCAUGAUCUCCACUGUUGGUGUUGACUCAAUCCUCAUCCUCCUUUCUUACAUUUUGAUUAUUAAGACUGUCCACAGCAUUGCAUCCCCAGAAGAGAGGAAGAAAGCCUUCAGCACAUGUAUUUCCCAUAUUGGGACUGUUGCUAUUUUCUAUUUUCCAUUGAUCAGUCUGUCCUUUGUUCACAGAUUUGGGAAAUGAGCCCCAGCCUAUGUUCAUACAAUGAUUGCUAACACCUACCUCCUGAUCCCUCCUGUAAUGAACUCCUUUAUCUAUAGUGUGAAGACCAAACAGAUACACAGAGCUGUGAUAAAAACUCUCCAUUCCAAAGGUACAUAGAAUCAUAGAAUUCUAGUGGUCUACGUUAUGAAUUUAAAAACAAAACUUGUGAUCAUGAAACAAAAAUUUAAAAUUAAAUCUGGAAUAUAUGUAAAACAUCAGCUACCUUGACCCUUUAUUUUACAGAUGAGGAGACAGAGACUUGAAGAUAGAAGGGAUGAAUGGUGUAAAGUCCUAAGUCUAGAAUUUCUCCCACCCACCACUGUUUGUUCUAAACUGUUUAUCCUGCCAACAGACUAUAUCUUCUUACUUGGUCCUCUUUAUAGCAAUUAGAAUGACACAUUAUGAGAAAGCCACUCCUUUAUGAGAAAUAGGUAGUAUUUUCUUAACUGUAAUAAUAAUUUUUACUA